AGAAAAUAAUUUAUUCCAGUGCGUUUGUAAAGGGAGUAUUCGUUGGUAUCGUGCACGAUUUUCGCACUUUCAGCUGGAAGAGACCCGCUGACCCUGAUUACACCGACAGGUGGAGAAAGACAGCAGUAUCUACACUUAGCGCUGGAGGCUUUGAGAUACGUCGCAGGGCUAUAUUAGCAUUUCGCCGGAUUGGAAAUGCAGUGAAAGGGGGUGGAGAGGCAUGAGUGUUGACAAUAAAAUGCAAAUGCAAUUGGUUCGAUUCAGUUUUUCUGAUGCUUAAAAAUACGAACCCGUAUUGCAUUUAUUUUUAUGCUUCCCCACCGCUAGUUCAGUGAUUUAUCACUAAUCUCUUCUUUUCGCCAUUCCGCUGCAGAGGUGCAAGCGGCCUCUGAUUUCCGAACAAUACUGCGUUUUGCCUGUGAAACGGAUCAGCUGGCGGUAGGGCCGACACCACCAGGCUUGAGGCCGGAGUGGGGAAGGAACGCAGCCGGGGGGCUCGUGCCGGGCGCAGAACGCGGCUCGGGAGGGAGCGCGCGUGCGCCGCUGGGGCCGAAGCUGCCGUUGAAAGUCACUCCGGGCUCGGAUGCGGGGCGAUUCUUGGCGGAGGAGUGAGUCGGGGAGUGUGAGGCGUUCCAACCGACAUUGGAGACACAACCUAGGGGGCAGUUAGACUGCAACAAGCCGCACGCACGUAUAUACAGUCUUCGGAGAUGCCUCUCUUUGCCGCCAAUCCAUUCGAUCAAGAUGUUGAGAAAGCAACCAGUGAGAUGAACACUGCAGAAGAUUGGGGCCUCAUCCUAGAUAUCUGUGACAAAGUGGGACAGUCUCGUACUGGGCCAAAAGAUUGCUUGAGAUCUAUUAUGAAAAGAGUGAAUCACAAGGAUCCGCAUGUUGCUAUGCAGGCACUAACUCUGCUCGGAGCUUGUGUGUCAAACUGUGGCAAAAUCUUUCACCUUGAAGUUUGCUCAAGAGACUUUGCAAGUGAAGUAAGCAGUGUCUUAAAUAAGGGUCACCCAAAAGUCUGUGAAAAACUAAAAGCUCUCAUGGUAGAAUGGGCAGAAGAAUUUAAGAAUGACCCUCAACUUAGUCUUAUAUCUGCUAUGAUAAAAAACCUGAAAGAACAAGGAGUUACAUUCCCUGCAGCAGGUUCUCAGGCUGCAGAACAGGCAAAGGCGAGCCCUGCUCUGGUGGCAAAGGAUCCAAAUGUAACUGCAAUCAAAAAAGAAGAGGAGGACUUAGCGAAAGCCAUUGAAUUGUCAUUGAAAGAACAGAGACAGCAACAGACUGCAGUCUCUAAUUUGUAUCCAUGCUCUCCAAGUGUUGUGACUAGUAAACCUGAAGGACGCAAGGUGCGAGCCAUCUAUGACUUUGAAGCUGCAGAAGAUAAUGAGCUCACCUUUAAAGCUGGAGAGAUUAUUACUAUAUUAGAUGACAGUGAUCCAAAUUGGUGGAAAGGUGAAACAUAUCAAGGGAUUGGAUUGUUUCCAUCAAAUUUUGUGACUGCAGACCUAACAGCAGAACCAGAGUUAUUGAAAAUUGAAAAGAAAACUGUACAAUUUAGUGAUGAGGUUCAAAUUGAGACGCUGGAACCAGAACUUGAACCUGUUUAUGUUGAAGAAGAAAAGAUGGAUCAACUAUUACAGAUGUUGCAGAGUGCUAACCCCACAGAUGGUCAACCAGAUUCACAAGAACUGCUUCAUCUAGAAGGUAUCUGUCAUCAAAUGGGACCACUCAUAGAUCAGAAGUUAGAAGAAAUUGACAGGAAACACUCAGAACUAUCGGAUUUAAAUGUGAAAGUGAUGGAGGCUCUAUCCUUGUAUGCUAAGUUGAUGAAUGAGGAUCCAAUGUAUUCCAUGUAUGCUAAACUCCAGAGCCAACAGUAUUACAUGCAACCAGCUUCUGUAGCGGUUUCUCAGGUAUAUACAGGACAGCCUCCAAGUGGCGCAUAUGUAAUAUCUGGAACACCUCAGUUGGCUUCAGGCCAAGGGUACAGUAUUCCAUCAGAUCAAGUUCCAUCUCUCAGUCAAGCUGGUCUACCUCCAACUGUUAGCCCAGCCCUGUCCAGCCAGCAAGCUCCAACAUCAUAUACCAGUGCAGUGGACAGUACUGUGAAUGCAAAUACAUACCUAACGCAAGCAUCUGUCUGUAAUCAACCUGUCCCUUCAAAUGUUGACAUGACUAGUUACCAAAGUACUGGCCUAAAUGGACAGCAGAUGCCAAACUAUAGUGUUGCCUCAGCAAGCCUUGGGCCACAGUCCACCAGUCAGCAACAAUCUUCUUACUCACAGAAAGCACUUCUAUAGAGAAAUAUGAUCUCUCCCUCUCAUCCAUCUUAUCCUUGACAUUGGCUAGGAACAAAUAGGUAGUAGUGCAAUUUACAGGAAUUGAAAAGUCAUCAAUUUGCGCAGACUGCACCGAACUUUUUUUAUAAACAAAUCACCUUGUGCUGAAGGAGUACGUAUGAUAACCUGCCCCAGUCAAAUGUUAUGUUGUCACAAUGACUGCAGCUAUUUACAAUGAACAUAACUUCCUGUUUUUUGGGAGAUUGUGGGACUGGUUGUUAGUUUUGUGUACGUGCAUUGAUUUAUUGCAUUAAUGUUAAAUUUGAUAGCUAUAAGUAAAUGUGUGAACAUAAACUGCUGCAGGUGGUAUAGAAAUUAAUUCAUGGUGGUUUUAAAUUUAGAUUAUUAAAGUUUUGUAGUAAUUUUAAGUUAUAUAUGUAUAUUAUAAAAUUUGUUUUUCCCUACGAUGUGAAGAAUGAAAUCUAUGUAGUCUCAUUUUGCACUUUGUCAAAAGUGACCUCCCAGAUACCUGCAGUGAUCUUUCUCCUUCGGACCAGAACGAUUUCCCAAGUAAAUAACCUGUUGCAAUAUUUUAUGCACCCCAGUAAGCCCACUUUGGUGUUUAAAAUGGAAACUAUACUGCUAGCAGUACUAGAAAGAUAACUUUAUAUGCAGUAUGCAUUUUUUUAAAUAGCAUAAGCUUUUGGGUUUAAUUUCUCAGUGGAAGGCCAGAAGAUUGACUUAUGAGCCACUUCGCAACUGUAUGUAGUUCAGCAGUACUCUUCUGAUUUUCUCAUUCUGUUAUUUCCUCAGGGUCAGGCAGGUAAUUACUGUUGUGAUUAGAAAGUACUUAUUUUCUAGAAGGAAGAAACUAUUCUACUCCCAAGGUAAAAUGAAUGUGACAAAGUCCAAAAUGAAAACUGGAAUUUCAAUACAGCUGCUGGGAUGUAAACCUCCUAUCAAAUAUAUAUGUAUAUAGUUCUGGUGUUGCUGUGGUGGUGCAUGGAGUUUUCUUUUAACAUAGGACUCCAUUUUACUGCCAAAACUCCCAAAUCCCAGCUUUGAAGCAAAGCCUGCUGUUGAUACCUGGUCAGAAUUGAAAUAAACUGUGUGGAAUUAAAAGUUUGAAUUGAUACUGUGAUUCGAUAGCUUCUGCAGUGAUGGUUGAAAAUGUUUUUAGAGGACAAAUCGAGGAGUUAAAUAACACCAAAGGAAUUUUAAUAUGUCCUAUCUUUAUCUUGACCAACCGUUUGAAAGUUGUUGAAUUAAAAGAGUUGGAGUACGAUGGCUAUGAAGACACGUGGCAGAUUUUCCCAUAGUCUUUAGGACUUGACAAUUUAAUACUGAAAUGGUGGGCAAACAUACAUUCACUCAGCUACACGUUUCUGUGAAUUGGCCAUUUUUGUUCAGAGACCAGGUUUACAGUCCACUCAAAGCUGGUGGACCAUUAGCAGACCCUCCUGCUUGGAAUUUGCAGCACUGCAACAGCAGUGGGCGGGCAAGGGAGGAAAAUGGAGGAGCCCCCUCUCCAACUUUUUAUUCAAAUGUAAAAUAAAGGUCUGUGGCCAGGCCAUUCAUCAAAAUGCAAAUAUAACCCAUCUACAGGACAGCCAACCCAUUGGGAUGGCGGCAAAGCAUUAAAAAAUCUGGCUAAAAAUUGAAUAUCCUUCUCAUUUACAGUCUUCACUAGGGCUGUUGUAUUAGUAUUUAGUGCAUUCGUGAACUUACUGGGUAAUGCGAAGCAGGACAUUCAGACUUGUAUGUUGGCUCAUUGCGAUCUUUUCUUUUAUCAUGUUUAGAAACUUUAUCUGAAAGGUAGGUGUUUGACAUAGUCUUUUGACUCUAGAGAUUCUAUCCUUUUUAAAGACACUGCCUUCAUGAAAAAAAGUACUUGAUGUGACCUUGUUUCAGAAGGGACCAAAGCAGUGCAUUUAUGCAAGAAUAUCGCAGUCGGGUAACACAGUGAUUUCAUCUCCAACAUUAUUAUUCAUUCUGUUUGCAAGUGAUUUUUAGAAAGAUGAAACUUACAUGAAGAUGGCACUCUUUUGAUUCAGUACUUUAAACUGGAGGUGUGACUUUAUUUUGCAAAUGGUGUAUUUAAGCUUUUUUAAAUGUCUUGAAAUAAAUAUUUUGUUAGGUUUUCUAAUGUUCAAAAUGAUUACAUUGUUCACUUCAAUGCCGUACAAUGUCAAAUUUAGUUGGAAGUGUGUGUUAGUUAAAGUGCAGGUUAACAGAUGUAAGCAUUAAGUUUUUCUGUAAGUGCACAACAACAGUACAUUAAUGGUGCAUAAUUUUACAAAUUCAGUUGAAUGUUUAUUUAACACUAAUCAGAGAACACGAAAUGCUAAUUAAUUUGUGCUCUGUUGCCCAUUUAUAAAAAUCAUUUUCAAGGGUACUUGUAAGAAAAUAAGCAAAGAUCCAUGUAUAAAAUGUGAAAACAUUUGUGCUAGAGAAUGCUGAAGUAUGUUUCAACAAUAUUUUAAAAAUUUGAAUUUAAGAAAAAGCUGUAAAAUGACUAGAACUUGUGUUUGUAUUAACUUUGACUUGUUAGCUUUCAAAUAACUCAUAACAGAAUGCCUGAAUGCAAAAAUUCCAAGACCAUUCUAUCAUAACAUUUCUUAUUCUAUUGCAUGUCAUGAGUUUUAAAAAAAAAGAAAAAAUAUCAGUAAUCUUCAUUUGGGAGAUAAUUUCACAGUUGACCUGUGAUCAACCAAGAAUAGUUUAAAUAAAUACUGAAACUCAAAUGGUACUGGUGUCAAUUAAUUUAAAUUGUUUCAUAGGUCAGUACUCUAGUUCCUGUUUUCUGCGUAGACUUCAGUAGAAAUAUCUCCAAAAUGGUUUAAUGCUUCCUUGAAAAACAUUGCUUUUAUGCUCCUUUUCAUUUUAAACUUUUAGUUUACCUGGUCAUAAUAUAAACCAUCUUAAGGUCACCACCAAAUGUGAAUUGGGUAAUCAGUUCAACCCCACUUAUAUUUAACAAAUGAAUGCAGUGUGUUGCUUUGGUAUUUUUAACUUUUUGUAGAAAUUCAUUUAAGUUGGGUCACAAGUCAUACUAAGUAUGUAGGCUUGUGUUCUUUAUUUUUGCCACUGUUUUGACCUUUUUUUAAUACCUAAAGCAGGAGCUGUGAAUUUUGGUUCAUUUGUCUUGUAUUGCCUCCUCUUAAUUGUAGGCAUCCAGUCUUUGGGCCAUUGCUGUAUGAACUCCAAGUUGGAUUUGGUUUGGAUAUUUCUGCACCAACGUAUUGCUUAUUUAACAUGCAGUACUCAAUGAGCAGAAAUAUCCUCCAGUCGGGCACGGUGGCUCAGUGGUUAGCACUGUAGCCUCACAGCACCAGGGACCCAGGUUCGAUUCCCGCCUCAGGCGACUGUGUGGCGUUUUCACAUUC